UCAAGAAAAACAAAAGCCUUUUGACGUGAAGUGAACUGUUCACCACUCCCCUUUCUAAUAAAUCCCCCUACAUAAGAAGCGGCCAAACUGAGACAUUGUUGUAUGCAGAAUGGAGAACUUCAUGCAGAUAACAGCUAUACUGCUCUGCAGCCAAAGUUGGAUCUGUGAGUCUCUAACUGUGGAGGUUCAUCCUGGUGAGGACAUCACUCUGUUCUGCUCCAACCUUUCUUCAUCUCCAACCCAGACAGACUGGUUCAGAGUGAUUAAUGGAACCAAACCCAGCUGCAUCUCCUCCAUGUACGGUCCUGAAGGUGAAGCUUCGUACUGCCAUGGAUUCCAAAGUGAAAAAUUUAACAUGAGCUCCAACGUGACGACUGUCUUUCUUCACAUCAAACAAGUGGACCUGAUGGACUCUGGAUUGUAUUUCUGUGGAUUUUAUAGAAAGAAACAUACAGUUGUUGGCAGUGCAACAGAGUUAAUCAUUAAAGCUCAUGAAGACUCCAAAGAUGAGGAGGAUUCUGAUAAUAAAAAAGCUGCUGACCAACUGAUGGACCUGAUGCCUGGGAUUUUAGGUGCUCUGACUGCUCUUCUCUCUGUAACAGUCGUUGUUCUGGCUGUUAAAAACAGGAGACUGGAAAGAGCUUCAAGCUUAAAGCUGCAAAAAGAAAGAAACAAGAAUGUGGAUCCAGAUGAUUUGAACUACGCAGCUCUCAGUUUCCAAGCAAAGGCCAAAAAAAGUCACAGAUCUGGACCUCAGAGGGAACCGGAGCCACAUGUUGUGUACGCUGCCACCCGAUAG